AUGACUCAGUCGUUGUAUAUUAAAUCAUGCAAAUAUAAAAUUUAUAAAACUAGAAAAUACGAAUUUUUGGAUAUUUAGAAGUAUUUCUAAAUAAAUAUAUCAAUUAUAAUUUAAUAAAAAUUCCAAAAAUAGCGGUAAUUUUCCAGGUCAAUUACAGGGGUGUAAUAUAAUAUCUGGUAAUUAUUCAGAAUUUUUCUCAAUAAAUACGAUUUUCUAUGAAUUUUAUACUAGGAAAUAAAAAGGAAAUAUAUUUAAAAUUCACGAAAAAGGGAAAUAAGGGUGCGGGCAUCAAGAUGACGUCAACACCCGGCAAACGCGAAUCGGGCGGAAACAGAGUUCUGUCCGGCGAUUCUUACGUAAGCGAUUACAGACGAUUUAAUUAAUCAAAUUAAGAUCUGUAAAAGCCGGAAGAAUCGUAAUAGAACAAAGUAAUUUUUUUGUAAAUUAAAAUCACAAAAACUAUCACUAAAUGAAGCGUAAAGUAAGUUGAAAGCAGGAAAACAGAGUUCCGGCGUCGCGACGGCGAUGCAUCGGCGAUGCACCGGAAUCUUGAGCGUUCGGGAGGAUCGUUGUGCAGUGUCCACGGCCUCGAAGGCUCUCCUUGGACAAAGACGACGUGGGCAAUCUCUAGAUCUUCUCGCGAAGUCUAGAGAUCAAUGAAAUGGGUCGCUGAGUCGUCUCCGGUGGCUGUCACCCGACGGAGAGGAGCUGGAUGGAGGUGGGGCGCGUGUCAGGGAGCUUCAUCCUCAGGUCCGCGCAGCAAGAGGAGGCUCUUCAUCGCAUCUGGUACGCUCUCAGGAGGUGGCGACUCGUCUCCCGGCGGAUCGUCCUCUUCCCGACGACGGCUUGUUCGUCGAUCAAUCGGAGAUGAUUUACUCGAUGGAUUCACGAUCCUUUUAGUAGCACUGCUCCGCGAAUCGCGUUGACGAGAUUUUCGCCGAUGAUCCAACAAUUCUAGUUGCUUAAUCCUUCACCGGCGAUCUGCAGGAAAGUCGCGAUAAUCAGAUAAAAAUAUAUAAAUUUUGACUCUGGGAGGAUUCGAACCCGCGUCGGUUGUCCGGCCCCCCUUCUGAGGAAGGUGUGACGUGGGUUUAGUCCCACAUCGGUUGUGCGCCGAUUUUUCAGGCGAUAUAUAGUAAUAUUAGCUUUUCAGGCAAAGUCCCUUCUCUCGCGUGUACGACCACUCCUUGCCCCACAGCCGGCUGGCCACCGGUGACGUGGAAGGGGAGUGGCACACACGUGCCCCUAUCGGUCCAAGCGAAGCCGCUCGAGCCCCUGCUCGCGGCUACUCCCGACUGUGCUUCUGACCCGCUUGCGGGCCCGGCUGGCCGGCGGGUCCCCCCACAUUUUGCAAUAUUUUAGUUUUAUUUCUUUUUCUUCAUUUAUCUCAAAAGUAAGACUGUAAAAAUCAUAUAAAUUCGUAUAAAAUCACAUAAUUACCCAAAAAAUCACAUUAAUCAACUGAAAACCACUUUUCACACUUUAACACAAAUAUAAGUCUAUUUAUCACGAGUUAAGGCUAAAACUAUAUUAUUUACUAAUUAUUAACUCAUGAUAAUGAAGACUUAUCAACAGUCGUAGGAAAUAAAGUGGGAAAUAGGAUGUCUGGUGCAUACAUGUGUACCUUUGCAGACAGCAAUAGGAAGAUGAAGGUCAUCCACUUGUGUUAGAAGAGACGAUUGGAGAAGGCUCGUCGACAAAGGGUGAAGAUGAAUCUGAUCCUAGAGUAGAAGAGUCAGAUGGUGAUGAAGCCGAAGGUAUUGAAGGAGGAGUGGACGAGGAAGAAACUAGACAAGUAAGAAGAGUAAGAGAGGGAUCUACAAUGAUCACCACAUGAAGAAAAUUAGGUGGUGAAGAUGAAGCAGAUCGAGGAGUCGAUGUUGGAGAAAAGAAGAGAGACUCAUGAAAAAUAAUGUUAGCUGAUGUCACAUAGCAAUGAGUAUCAAGAAAAUAGAUCUGAUAACCCUUUUGUGUCUAUGAGUAACUAACAAAGACCCUUUUGAGAGCAUGAGGGGUCAAUUUAGAAAGAGAAGGAGAAUGGUCUUGGACGAAAGUAGUGCGUUUAAAGACACAAGGGGGUAAGAAAAAAAGAAAAGAAUUUAGUGAAAGACGAUGAAGUGAAAUGACCCCACUAAGUGGAGUGGAAGGACAUCAAUUCUAGAGAUAUAUGACUGUCAGAAGGGCAUUACACCACAAAUAAUGAGGAACAUUCAUCUCAAUGAGUAGUAUGCAAAUAAUAUUAAGUAGUUAGUGAUGUAUUCAUUCGGCAACACCAUUUUGUUGGGAUGUGUGUGGACACAUGGUUUGAUGAAAAAUACCACGGUCAACACAAAAUGUGUGAAGUGAAUCUUGGACUAAUUCCAUAGCAUUGUCGAUACAACAAAUCUUAGGAAUAGUGGAGUACUAACGUGACUUAGUCCUUGUAUAGUAAAUCACACAAAUUUAAAAUUUAUAAACCUAGAAAAUAUCAAUUUUUGGAUAUUUAGAAGUAUUUCUGAAUAAAUAUAUCAAUUAUAAUUCAAUAAAACUUUCAAAAAUAGUGAUAAUUUUUUAAGUCAAUUACAAGGAUGUAAUAUAAUAUUGGGUAACUAUUCAGAAUUUUUCUCAAAGAAUAUGAGUUUUUAUGAAUUUUAUAUUGAGAAAUAAAAAUGAAAUAUAUUUAAAAUUCAUGAAAAAAUGAAAUAAGGGUGCGAACGUCAGGAUAUAUAUUACGACGGCUUGUUCAUCGAUCAAUCGGAGAUGAUUUACUUGAUGAAUUUAUGAUCCUUUUAUCAUGAAUCAUUCAAUAAUUUUAAUAACAAUACUCUACGAAUCGCAUUGACAAGAUUUUUGCUGAUGAUGGAGCGAUUCUAACGGCUUAAUCUUUCACCGACGAUUUACUAGAAAGUCACGAUAAUCAGAUAAAAAUAUGAGUUUGAGCUCUAGUAGGAUUUGAACCCGCACCGGUUGCCCACACGUAUGAGAGAGAUUGAAAUAAAUACUCUAAUGCCUUUAUCAAGUGACGUCAUCAUGAUAUAUCUCUAUUAUAACAAAGAGAUAGUUUAAGUAUUAAAAUCUUUGAAGCCUUUCGGGAGAAGGUGUGACGUGGGUUUAGCCCCACAUCGUUUGUGCACUAAAGUUUUGGAUGAAUAUAGAGUAAUAUCACAUUUACAAGCAAUGAGUUUUUUUCUACUAUGUAUACGACCACUCCUUACCUCACAACUAGUUGACCAUUAGUGAUGUGGAAGGGGAGUGGCGCACAUGUGCUCCCAUCAGUCCUAGCCACUCGAGCCCCUGCUUGCGGCUCCCCUUGACUAUACUUUCAACUCACUUGCGAGCCCGGCUGGCUGGUGGGUCUUCCCUUUUUUUAUAUUUUUAUUUUAAUUUCUUUUUCUUCAUUUAUCUCAAAAAUAGGACUAUAAAAAUUAUAUAAAUUCGUAGAGAAUUGCAUAAUUAACCAAAAAAUCACGUUAAUCGACUAAAAAUUGCUUUUCACGCUUUAACACAAAUAUAAGUCUAUAUAUCAUGAGUUAAGGCUAAAACUAUAUUAUUUACUAAUUAUUAACUCAUGAUAAUGAAGACUUAUUAGUGGGGCACCAAGAGGCAAUAUGUAGGUGUUGGGAGGUGAUGUGACUUAGUCGUUGUAUAGUAAAUCAUGUAAAUUUAAAAUUUAUAAAACUAGAACAUACAAAUUUUUGGAUAUUUAGAAGUAUUUCUGAACAAAUAUAUUAAUUAUAAUUCAAUAAAACUUCCAAAUAUAGUGGUAAUUUUCUAGGUCCAUCACAGCGAUGUAAUAUAAUAUCAGGUAAUUAUUUAAAAUUUUCUUCAAAGAAUACUAUUUUCUAUGAAUUGUAUACUAGGAAAUGAAAAUAAAAUAUAUUUAAAAUUCACAAAAAAGAGAAAUAAGGGUGCGGACUUCACGAUGACAUCAGUGCCUAACGAAUGCGAAUUGGACAAAAAUAGAGUCUUGUCUGACGAUUCUUACGUAAGCAAUUAUAGACGAUUUAAUUGAUCAAAUUAAGAUUUGUAAAAGCCAGAAGAAUCGUAAUUGAAUGAAGUAUAUCUUGGUAAAUUUAAAUCACAUAAAUUAUCAUUAAAUGAAGUAGAAAUUAAGUUGAAAGUAGGAAAAUAGAGUUCUAACGUCGGGGUAGCGAUGCAUUGGCGAUGUACCAAAAUCCUAAGCAUUUGGGAGGAUCGUCGUGUAGUGUCUACUGCCUCAAAGGCUCUCCUUGGAUAAGGACGACGUGGGCAAUCUCUAGAUCUCCUUGCGAAGUUUAGAGAUCAAUGAAAUUGGUCCUUGAAUCAUCUCUGGUGAUUGUCACCCGGCGGAGCAGAAAAAUAGUGACUUUGCGGCUCUCUAGUGGCUGUCACCCGACAGAGAGGAGUUGGAUGGAGGUGGGGCGCGUAUUAGGGAGCUUCAUCCUCAACUCUGCACAGCAAGAAGAGGCUCUUCAUUGCAUCUAGUAUGAUCUCAGGAGGUGGUGACUCGUCUCCCGGUAGAUCGUCCUUAUCUUGACGACGGCUUGUUCGUCGAUCAAUUGGAGAUACUUUACUCGAUGGAUUCGCGAUCCUUUUAUUGCGAAUAGUUCAACAAUUUUAGUAACAAUGCUUCGCGAAUCACAUUGACGAGAUUUUCAUUGAUGAUCUAGUGAUUUUGGUGACUUAAUGCUUCAUUAGCGAUCUGCAAGAAAGUCGUGAUAAUUAGAUAAAAAAUAUGAGUUUUGGCUUUAGGAGGAUUCGAACCCACACUAGUUGCUCUUGCAUGAGAGAGAUUGACAUAAGUACUCUAAUGCCCUUAUCUAAUGACAUUAUCGUGGUAUAUCCCUAUUAUAAAUAAGGGGUAUUUUAGGUAUCAAAAUCAUCAAACCCUUUCUAGGGAAGGUGUGACGCGGGUUUAGUCCCACAUUGCUUGUGCGCCGAAGUUUUGGACGAAUAUAUACUAAUAUUACAUUUACAAGCAAGUCCCUUUCUCACGCGUGUAUAACCACUCUUUGCCCCAUAGCUGGUUGGCCAUCAAUGAUGUGAAAGGGGAGUGGCGUACAUGUGCCCCUAUCUGUCCUAGCUGCUUGAGUCCUUGCUCGCGGCUACUCCCCAAUUGCGCUUCCGACCCACUUGCGGGCCCGGCUGGCCGGCGGGUGCCCACUAUUUUGUUAUAUUUUUAUUUUUAUUUCUUUUUCUUCAUUUAUCUCAAAAGUGAGACUGUAAAAAUCAUAUAAAUUUGUAUAAAACCACAUAAUUACUCAAAAAUUUACAUUAAUCAACUUAAAACCACUUUUCACAUUUUAACACAAAUAUAAGUCUAUUUAUCAUGAGUUAAGGCUAAAAAUAUAUUAUUUACUAAUUAUUAACUCAUGAUAAUGAAGACUUAUCAUUCACAGUAUAGUGUAAUAUGAAAAACAUUGGUUGAUAAAUAAAUUGAAUGAUUAUUGUGAGAAGGAAAACAACUCAACACAUGCUCUUCUAUUUUUAGAACGAUAGUUCUAACAGUUCUGUUUUCCGUUUUUAGUUCUGUUUUUAGCAACAAUAAAUUUGUCAAAAAUAAAUCAAAACUAUCCUCUUUAUAGUUGUAAUUUCGAAUUUCAGUAAUAUAUGUCUAGGGGAUUGAAAUGUGAGAAAAAGGUCUCUAGAAUUUUAAAUUUCAGAUUGUUUUUUGUUUGCUGUUUUUGACAAUCUGUUGUUCCUAACAGAAAACCAAAAAAUAGAUAUUGUAGUUUUUCUGAAUUUUAUUUUAUUUUAAUUUUUUUAGUUGCUAUUCUAUGUGAGCAUGAAAGAAUAAAAAAUAAAAUGCAAACACAUAUUUUUAAUCAUCCUACAGCAUAAAUUAAUAAUUAAUACUUCACCCCCAACUUAAAAAUAACAUUGUCCUCAAUGACACAGAAAAAUCGAAACAAAAUAUGCAGAAAAUAUAAUUUUCAAGUGAAGCAUACAUAUAUGCAAAGUUAAGCAUUAAAAAUGUUGUCAUAAAUGAUAAAGCUCAGAAAUACAUCACCUCAACCUCGUUUUCAAUUUUCCACUUCAUCUUACACUCUUGCACUUCUUUGAAGAAAAACAAAUACAGAAACAAGUACUACGAAAUUUUAAGAAAAAGAAAGCUUAAAAAAAAAUCAAACAAAAUGAAAUAAAAACCAUGGGUUGCCUCCCAUGCGGCACUGAAUUUAAUGUCUUCAGCUGGACACCUUGAUCUUACUCUUGAAUUUCUUUUAAUAAUAAAAUUUCUUUUUCUGCAAGGUGUUCAUGUUCUAUGUAAUGUUUAAGCCGCUGUCUAUUUACCUUAAAGUUAUGAUCACUUUUAGGAUCUUUAAUUAUUACAGCCCCAUGAUCAUAUGUCUCUUCCACCACAUAAGGCCCUGUCCAUUUUGAUUUUAAUUUUUCUAGGAAUAAUUUCAGCCUAGAAUCAUAUAACCACACUUUUUGUCCAACAUCAAUUUUUUUUCUAUUAAUAUAUUUAUCAUGAAAUUUUUUUAAUUUUUUCUUUAUAUAUUCCAUGAUUUUCAUAAGCUUCAUUCCUCAACUCCUCUAGUUCAUGUAGCUAAAUUUUUUUAUGUCCACCAGCUGAUUUUUUAUCCAUACAUAAAUUUUUUUAUAGCCCAUAAUACUUUAUGCUCUAUUUCCACAAGAAGAUGAUAUGACUUUCCAAAAAUGAGACUAAAUGGGGACAUACCUAUUGGAUUUUUAUAAGCUGUUCUAUAAGCCCAUAAUGCAUUUUGUAAUUUUGUGGGCCAAUCUUUCCUAUCUGGUCUAAUUAUUUUUCUCAAAAUUCUCUGAAUUUCUCUAUUUGCUACUUCAGGUUGCCCAUUUGUUUGGGGAUGAUAUGAAGUGGCUACUCUAUGGUGUACUCCAUUCUUUUUCAAUAGUUCCCUGAAAUGUUUAUUUGUAAAAUAUGUUCCUUCAUCACUAAUAAUCACUCUAGGACAUCCAAAUCUCGAAAAAAUAUUUUCUUGCACAAAUUUCAUCACGAUUUUAUGAUCAUUAGUUCUAGUAGUAAUAGCUUCCACCCACUUCAACACAUAAUCAAUAGCAAGCAAAAUAUAUCCAUAUUUUUCAGCUGAUGGGAAGGGACCCAUGAAAUCUAUUCCCCAUACAUCAAAAAUUUCGACUACUAACAUGUUACUCUUGGGCAUUUCAUCUUUUUUACUCAUGUUACCUAUAGAUUGACAUGAAAUACAUGUUCUACUAAAUUCUAUAGAAUCUCUAAUGAUUUUAGGCCAAUAAAAACCACUGAAUUUUUUUUGCAACUGUGUUUCGUCUAGAGAAAUGUCCUCCAUAGUUAGAUGAAUGGCACAUGUUAAUAAUGCUAUGAUAUUCUUCUUCAAGAACACAUCUCUUUAAAAUUUGAUCAUUGUCCAAGUAAUAUAAAUCAGGAUCAUGCUAAAAAUAAUUUCUAAUUUUAGAAAAGAAAUGAUGCUUUCUAUUCUUAUCCCACUAUUUUAGAAUUUUUCUAGAAGCUAGAAAAUUAACAAUAUGUGCAUAGCAUGGUGAUGGUUAAUGUUGAGCUCCAUCAAUUGUUCAUCUGGAAAUGCAUCUUGUAAAGGUGCUGCAUUUAUUCCUGUAUCACUCACUGUAGAAAGAUGGUCAGCAACAACAUUCUCGAAACCUUUUUAUCUUUUAUUUCUAAGUCAAAUUUUUGUAAUAAUAAAAUCCAUCUUAAUAAACGUGGCUUUGCAUCUUUUUUAUUUAACAAAUAUUUUAAUACUACAUGAUCAGUAUAAAUCAUAAUUUAAGCUCCCAAAAUAUAUGAUCUAAACCUUUCUAACAAAAAUACUAUAGCUAACAACUCUUUUUCAGUCGUAGUAUAAUUAAUUGAGCAUCUAUUAUAGUUUUACUAGCAUAUGAAAUUAUUAUGGGUUUUGACUCUUUUGUUUGUUCUAGAAUGGCCCUACUACAUAAUUUGAUACAUCACACAUUAUUUCAAAGGGAAAGGACCAAUCAAGAGCUUGUAAAAUAGGUGCCUCAGUAAGUAAUCUUUUUAUUUCAGAAAAAUACUCAAAACAUUUCUCAUCAAAAUUAAAAGGCACAUCUUUAGAUAAUAACAUGGUGAGAGGUUUAGAAAUUUUCGAAAAAUCUUGAAUAAAUUUUCUAUAAUAACCUGCAUGACCCAAGAAAUAUCUAAUCUAUUUUACUGAAUUUGGAGGUUUUAUUUUAGACAUAAUAUCAAUUUUUGCUCUAUCCACCUCUAAACCCCUUUCACUCACAAUAUGACCCAACACAACUCCUUCUCAAAUCAUAAAAUGUGAUUUCUUCAAACUCAAAACUAAUUUUUUCUCUAUACAUUUCUCAAGUACGUGCUGUAAAUGAUUUAAGCAUUCAUCAAAUGAUUCACAUAAAAUAAAAAAAUCGUCCAUAAAAUUUCCAUGCAUUUUUCAGUCAUAUCAGAAAAAAUAGACAGCAUACAUCUUUGAAAUGUGGCUGGAGCAUUACAUAGACCAAAAGACAUGCAUUUAAAAGCAAGAGUACCAAAUGGACAAGUGAAAGUUGUUUUUUCUUGAUCUAAAAGGUUUAUAUAAAUUUGAUUAUAACCGGAGUAUCCAUCUAGAAAACAAAAAAAGUUUUUUCCAACUAAUUUUUCUAGAAUUUGAUCUAUAAAUGGUAAGGGAAAAUGAUCUUUUCUAGUAACUGAAUUUAAUUUUCUAUAAUCAAUGCAAACCCUCCAAUCGGUAGUUAAUCUUGUUUGUAUUUCAUUCCUAUUUUCAUUUUUUAUAAAUGUGAUCCCUAAUUUUUUUGGCACCACUUGUGUAGGACUAACCCAUUUGCUAUCUAAAAUAGGAUAAAUAAUAUCAGGAGCCAGCCACUUUAAAAUUUCUUUUUUUUACAAUUUUCAUCAUGUUAGGAUUUAAUCUUCUAGAUAUAGCCCCCUCCUCUAGAUAUAUACUAUGCAUGCAUACACUCAUAUCAAUGCCCCUUAGAUCAUUCAUUUUUCAGUCAAUAGCCUUCUUAUUUUUGUGAAGUACAUUUAAUAAUUCUUCUUCUUGUUCAUCACUCAAAUCAGUUGCAAUAAUAACAGAAAAUGAAUUAUGUUCCUCCAAAAACAUAUAUUUAAAACUAGAAGGAAGAGGUUUCAACUCUAAAUUCAGAUGAUCUUCCUCUUUCUUUCUCCCAAAUUUAUAUUCUUUAUUUCCUCUAAUUCUUCUAGCACACAGUCAUCAAUAACAUAUGGAUCAUCAAAAUCAUCUAGAAGAUCUAUGAUAUGACAAUCAUAUACUUGAGAUUUCUUAAGAUCAUUUGCUACCUCAAAAAUUUUAAUUUCUACUAAUUGAUCUUCACAUGAAAUUUUUGUAAUACCUAUGAGAAAAUCAAUAUUCAUCUUUAGUGUAUACAAAAAUGGUCUCCCUAGGAUGAUUGGUGUAUUAUCAAAUUGUCCAUUAAAAUCUAUUUCCAGCACUACAAAAUCAGUUGGAAAUUUAUACCCUAUAACUAUCACUAUCACAUCUUCUACAAUACCUUUAGGAUGUUUUAUGGAUCUAUCAACAAAUUGUAAGGUAACAAUAGAAGGUUUAAGAUCAGUAAUAUUAAAUUUAUCACAAAUACUUGUAGAUAAUAAAUUAAUACUAACACCGGUGUCAAGUAAUGCAUUCUGAAAAAUGGAUCCACCAAUAUCACACGAAAUUAAAGGGGCACUUGUAUCUCUCAAUUUAUAUGGUAAUUGAUUUAACAAUAAAGCACUAGCAUGCAUAGAUAAUUUUUCUACUCUAGGUGUCUUUUUUGGUGUACACAUUUCUUUCAAAACUAUACCAUAUUCAGGAAUAUGUUCAAUGGUAGUGAGUAAAGGAAGACUAAUUUACACAUCUUGUAAAAUUUUCUUUAUUUCUUCAUUGUGUUUCUUUUCUUUUUUGUCUAGGCUCUAGAGCUUUAGGAAAUAGAAUGGUUGUCCUCUCUUUCGAAAUUUCUUUGGUAGAAUCUAUAAAAUCCUCUUCUACUCCUAUUUGAUUUUGUUUUGGGUUGUCCAUGUUUUCCUUUUCUUCUAAUGUUUGGGGAUAAGGAUCAGGUAAGAUCUUAUCACUCCUUAAUAUAUUCACUGUCCUAAUAUUUUCAUUUCAUGAGUUUUUUCUAGAUUGAUGCUACUAGACUCCCCUUGCUAAAAUCUUAUUGUUGGGCCGUGGAUUUUCUAUGAGCUGACUAGGUAGUUGUCUCUCUUCUCUCUUAUUCCCAAGAGCCUCUAUCAUUUGUUUCUGCUACAGUAUCAUUUGAUUCAUACUUUGUUGCAUCAUUUGACUCAUUUGCUGCAUCAUUUCCAUAGUAUUAGGUUGGGUUUGAGAGGGCUGAUUUUUCUGAAAUCUAUUUUCUUAUUUUGGACAAAAUUCAGAGUUUGAAUUGGGUCUAAGUGCUUUUGGAUUUUGAAUAUUAUUUGGGUUUCUCCAUGAAAAAUUAUUCCUCCAAAUAAGAUUUUAAGAAUUUAAAAAAGGCUCCCUAUUUCUAUUAAAACCGUGAGCUACUUGCACUUGUUCUUGUAUAGGGUAAAAUAAUUGAUCUAAAUUAUACUAUUAAAAUUCAGAAUAAUCAUUUUCACCAUACAUAGGACAUGUAUUAUUUAAAUUAAAUUGAGGGUUAAGAGGCUUUCUAAUAUUGUCAAUAAGUAAAUUAAAAUUUUCUAAUCUUUGAUUAAUCUAAUUAACCUCAUUUUUUAAAUUAGAAUCAUCAUCAUGAUGCAAUUCAUAAAUUCCUCUCUUCUUAUCCCUGUCAUAUAAUUCAAAAGAGGUUUGAUCUCUAGAAUUUUUGCUUAAAUUCUCAUAAAGACUGUAAAUCUCAUCAAUGGUUUUUUUCAUAAAAGCUCCUCCACAUAUAGAAUCAACCAUAUUUCUAUGUUGUUCUAAUAAUCCAUCAUAAAAAGUUCUAUUGAGUUGCCACUUAGGUAUAACAUGAUGAGGACACUUUCUAAGUAAAUCUUUGAAUUUUUCUCAUGUCUCAUGUAAAGUUUCUCUUGGUCUUUGAGAAAAACUUCAUAUAUGUUUUCUCAUAUUUUGAGUUUUUCUUAAGGGAUAAAUUUUUCGAAGAAAGGCCUAUUUUAUGUCUUUCCAACUAGUUAAUUCUCUAUCUAAUGUGGAUAGCCAAUGGCUAGCUUUGUCCCUAAGUGUAUGAGGAAAUAAUUUCAUCUUAAGAAUUUUUGGUGUAACUUGAGGGAGAUUAACUAAAUCAUAUACCAUGUGAAAUUUUUCUAAGUCCUGAUGAGGUUCCUCUAAAGGCAAUCCAUAAAAAUUAGGGAGCAUUUGAAAAAUUCUUAGAUGUAUUUCGAAUUUAAUAGUGGGUGCUAAUGGGACUCUAAUAUUAGAUACUUUUUGAAAUGAAUCAAGGAUAUAAUGAUUUUUCAUGGCCAUAGGAUUGUUCUCAGUUUGACUUGUACUUCUUUCAAGAUCCAUCAAAAUUAAUUUUUCUUUUAGAUUUUUAGUUUUGAAUAAAAUAAUGAAGGAUUUUCUAGCCUCGAAUGCAAGGAUCUUCUACCAUGCAUAAAAAAAAUAAUAAAUUCGAGGGAAAAGUUUAGUAAUUGUUACCCUCCUUCAAUAUGCUCCAGUCCUUGCCUUGUUUCUCUUUGUUCCCUUUUUUUUAAAAAAAAAUUCGACAAGAAGAAAAUAAAAUAAGAGUUAACUUUUUUUUUGCGUACUCUAAGAGAAAAGCAGAAAAAUACUAAAUAUUAUGUAAUACAUCCCCAGCAAUGGCGCCAAAAUUUGACAUGACUUAGUCAUUGUAUAGUACAUCAUGUAAAUUUAAAAUUUAUAAAACUAGAAAAUACGAAUUUUCAGAUAUUUAAAAGUAUUUCUGAACAAAUAUAUCAAUUAUAAUUUAAUAAAACUUCCAAAAAUAAUGGUAAUUUUCCAAGUCGAUCACAAGGAUGUAAUAUAAUAUCAGGUAAUUAUUCAGAAUUGUCCUCAAAGAAUACUAUUUUCUAUGAAUUGUAUACUAAGAAAUGAAAAUAAAAUAUAUUUAAAAUUCACAAAAAAGGGAAAUAAGGGUGCGGACGUCAAGAUGACGUCAACACUUGGUAAACGUGAAUCAGACGGAAAUAGAGUUUCACUUGAUGAUUCUUACGUAAGUGAUUAUAGAUGAUUUAAUUGAUCAAAUUAAGAUUUGUAAAAGCCAGAAGAAUCGUAAUUGAAUGAAGUAUAUCUUAGUAAAUUUAAAUCACACAAAUUAUCACUAAAUGAAGCAAAAAUUAAGUUGAAAGUAGGAAAACAGAGUUCCAGUAUCGUGGCGAUGAUACGCCAGCAAUGCACCAAAAUCCUGAGCAUUCGGGAGGAUCGUCGUGUAGUGUCCACAGCCUCGAAGGCUCUCCUUGGACAAGGACGAUGUGGGCAAUCUCUAGAUCUCCUUGCGAAGUCUAGAGAUCAAUGAAAUUGGUCCUUGAAUCAUCUUCAGCGACUGUCACCCGGCGGAGUAGAAAAAUAGCAACUUUGUGGCUCUUUAGUGGCUGUCACCCGAUAGAGAGGAGCUGGAUGAAGGUGGGACGCGUAUUAGGGAGCUUCAUCUUCAACUCCACACAAUAAGAGGAGGCUCUUCAUUGCAUCUAGUAUGCUCUCAAGAGGUGGCGACUCGUCUCCCAACAGAUCGUCCUUAUCCUGACAAUGGCUUGUUCAUCGAUUAAUUGGAGAUGCUUUACUUAAUGGAUUCGUGAUCCUUUUAUUGCGAAUAAUUUAACAAUUUUAGUAACAAUGCUCUGCAAAUCGUGUUGACGAGAUUUUCGUUGAUGAUCCAGCAAUUCUGGUGACUUAAUGCUUCAUUGGCGAUCUGCAAGAAAGUCACGAUAAUUAGAUAAAAAAUAUGAGUUUUGGCUUUAGGAGGAUUCAAACCCACAUUAGUUGCUCGCUUGUAUGAGAGAGAUUGACAUAAGUAUUCUAAUGCCCUUAUCUAAUGAUGUUAUCAUGGUAUAUCUCUAUUAUAAAUAAGGAGUAUUUUAGGUAUCAAAACCAUCAAACCCUUUCUAGGGAAGGUGUGAUGUAGGUUUAGUCCCACAUCGCUUGUGCGCCGAAGUUUCGGACGAGUAUAUACUAAUAUUACAUUUACAAGCAAGUCCCUUUCUCACACGUGUAUAGCCACUCUUUGCCCCACAGUCGACUGGCCAUCGGUGACGUAGAAGGGGAGUGGCGUACACGUGCCCUUAUCAGUCCUAGCUGCUCGAGUCCCUGCUCGCGGCUACUCCUCGAUUGUGCUUUUAAUAUUUUUAUUAAUUCACGUUAAUCAAUUGAAAACCACUUUUCACAUUUUAACAUAAGUAUAAGUCUAUUUAUCAUGAGUUAAGACUAAAACUAUAUUAUUUACUAAUUAUUAACUCAUGAUAAUGAAGACUUAUUAGGAGGCGACACAUAAGGCAUCGGGAGGUGACGUGCGGGGUGUUGGGAGGUGACGCACAAGGCAUUGGGAAGAUCAACAGAAGAUGGUGUCAUCAAGCACACAGACGUGGCGGCGUGCUAGGUGGGCAUGCAAGAUGACACUAGGCAAGUGCCAGACUGCAGGUGCGUGUAGGUGUGCACGGUAAGAGUCAUGGAAGGCAUGUAGGGCUACACAGAUUGGGCAUUGGAUAAGCAUGUAAGACGGCAUUGCAAGAGAUUGCGCCGGAAGAUGAUAGGGGACGUCGAGAGAGGAGGCGAAGUGAUGGUGGUGGUGGAGAAACCCUAGAGCUCUGAUACCAUGUUUACAAGAAGAAGAGAAAACCCUAGAAUUAAUAGUUGAAGAAGAGGAGUACAUGAGGUUAAAUAGAAGAAGGGAAGAAAGAGAGAGAGAAGGAAAAGUGGGCUUAGUGGGCCCAAUAGGCCUAUUCUAAUAGUAUAAUAAAUCAUGUAAAUUUUAAAUUUAUAAAAUUAGAAAACAUCAAUUUUUAGAUUUGUAAAAAUAUUAAAAAUAGAAAUAAAUUAUAAUUUGAUAAAAGGUUCUAAAAAUAGUAGAGAUUUUCUAAGCCGAUCAUAGGGAUGUAAUCUAAUAUCGAGUAAUAUUUCAGAAUUUACUUAAAAGAAUAUGAGUUUUAUGAUUUUUAGACUAAAUGAUGAAUAUAAAUAUAUUUAAAAAUUCACAAAAAAAGAAAAUUAGGGUGCACACGUCAAGAUGACAUUAGCACCUUGAUGAACACAAAUCGAGCAGAAAUAGAGUUCUAUCUGAUGAUUCUUAUGUAAGUGAUUACUGAUGAUUUAAUAGGUCACAUUAACUUUUGUAAAAUCUAGAAGAAUUCUAAUUAAAUGAAGAAGAGUUUCAAAACUUAAAAUCACAUAAAGUAUCACAAAAUUAAGUGAAAUUAAAGUUUAAAGUAUGAAAUGUAAAGUUUCAAAUUUGCAAUAACAAUCGUCAAAAUUCUAUGUUUGGGAAGAUUAUCAUGCAAUAUUUAUGGCCUCGAAAGCUCUCCUUGGACAUAGAUGACGUGGACAAUCUCUAGAUCUUCUUAUGAAGUCUAGAAAUCAAUGAAGUGGUUUGUUGAAUUGUUUCUGAUAGUUGUUGCCUAGUGGAAUGAAAAAAUAACGACUUUACAGCUCUCUGACAGUUGUCACCCGAUGAAAAUGAGCUAGAUGGAGGUGAGGCGCAUCUUAGGGAGCUUCAUCCUCAAGUUUACAUAGUAAGAGUAAGCUCUUCAUCGCAUCUAGUACGAUCUCAAGAGGUAGUGACUCGUCUCACGGUGGAUCAUACUCUUUUCAAUAAUGACUUAUUCGUGGAUCAAUUGGGGAUGAUUUAUUUGAUGGAUUCGUAAUCUUUUUAUCUAGAAUCGUUCAACAAUUUUAGUAAAGAUACUUACGAACGUUGAUGAGAUUUUCGCUAAUGAUUGAGUGAUUCUAGCAGCUUAAUCGUUCACCAAAAAUCUACAAGAAAAUUAUGAUUUAAUUAGAUAAAAAUAUGAGUUUUUUUUAUGGCGAGGGGGACCCGUCUCCAUCAACUCAAGAGACACCGACAGUCUGAGUUCAGCCUGAUCGACGCGCGAAGACGAAGGGGCCUAGCUUUCGCUACACGGCCUAG